UCCGAAUCCAAUAGACCGCCAUUCAUCAUGGCGGUUGUUGUGGUCCCGAACGUCCCGAAUUAGCGUGUCGGCGGGGUUGACGCUCCAUGUGCUCUCUUUAAUUACUCCACGCUGGCUUCUUCGAGCUUAUCGACUCGUCACUUCGCAACGAACCUUCGCCGGAUUUUGUGCAGUGAGCUUACGACGAUUCCGUAGGCGCCCUCCGACACAUUUGUGCCGUGCCGUCCCUGGAGGUGUCCCGACACACAAAACAAACCACGGCGUGACGACGGCCGUUUCGUCAACAACCACUCCCUCCCAGGCGCCGGCAAACGGCUCGUCGACGGCCGUCUCCUCCACAUGGCGCUCAGACUGUGGUCGCGGCGCGGUGGCCCGCCGCUGCGGACGCUACUACGGCGCGUCCCCGGCCCGGCCCGCGCCGACACCGUGAGCGUUGGGAUCACCGCAGCUGCGCUCGAUGUGGCGCCUUGUCUGUCGCCGGCGUCGAACUGCGUGUGGCGCGUGUCGUGCAUCUCGACGGGUGCCGGAGGCGGCGGUGAUCGCGGCGCCGAGGAGCCGGUGGCGACAAGGCCCGACUUUCUGCGGGCCCGGACGCGCGUUCAGCGCACUCGCGAGUCGCUGGCGAAGACCGGACGCUCGCUGCGAGCCACGCGCGAGAAAGUCACCGAGAACGUCGAGCAGACCAAGCGGAUCGUGACCGAGCGCAUGGGCCAUCUGCGCGAGAACGUCAUGACCAUACCUAACGCCCUCUCACUGGCGCGGCUCUGCUCCAGCCCCGUCCUCGGCUACUUGGUGGUGACCGAGGGCUACACUUCUGCCCUCGUCCUUUUCGCUGCAGCAGGAGUCACUGACGUGCUGGAUGGCUGGGUGGCCAGGUCGUUCCCCUCUCAGCAGAGCAUGUUGGGCACGGUGGUGGACCCCCUGGCUGACAAGUGCCUGGUUGCCACCCUCUUCCUCAGCCUCACUGUGGCAGGACUCAUCCCAGUUCCCUUGACCGCACUCAUCGUGACCCGGGAUAUCACCCUCGUGGGCUGCGCAGGCUACCUCCGGUUUGCCUCCCUUCCUGCACCUAAAACGUUUUUGAGGUACUUCGAUGUCAGCUUGGCAACCGUCAAGUUCUCUCCCACCAGCAUCAGCAAGGCCAACACUGCUGUGCAGCUGGGACUUGUGGCAGCCACACUAGCUGCCCCCGUGUUUGGCUUUGUGGAUCACAGUGCCCUGCAUGCCUUCUGGUACCUGACAGCGAGCACGACAGUGCUGUCAGGUUUAACGUACCUGUUUACAAAGGACGCUUACCAGUUCAUCAGGAAGGACAAGUCAUAGCUGUCUGGAGGAUCGGCUGAUACACAAGUGCUACGUUAUGGGAUGAGUAGCCACCGAGCUAGUUCUUUACUGAAUCUUGUUGAACAGCUAGUGCCCCUCCUUUUUCUUUUUUUUUGUUAUAAUUGAACUGUUUUAUUGUUUCAAGGCAGGUGAGAGAAUUGUUUCUGUUGCAAUUAAAAAUGUAUUCUUGUUAGUA